CUUAGCUCAUUCUAGAAUCUAGAAUCAUCUCACCUUCACCUUUUGUCAUUUUCAAUUGAAUUUUCUCUUGGAGUUUGCUGAUAUUAGAUUCUUAUUAACAACUAAUUAUAGAGAUAAAUGGCAUCUCAAAAUUGAGGAUUAACCCCACAUUCUGUACAUGCAGCAGAUCUCAAACUCGGAUCCUUCACUCCUUUAGGCAUUGCUAAGAAACAACAACGACGGAUGUUCAUUCCCAGGUACUAAUAUCUGUAGCAGGGAAAGAACAUCUGCCGGACAAGAUCCAUUAAGAAGGAUCUGCAUUUUUCUAGAGAGUGAAAUGCUAGCUUUAUCAGAAUCCUAUGUUGAAAUGGGUUCAUGGUUGCUCUUGACACUUAUGGCGGAGGCAUUGGGAAUAGCAGUAGGAAAAUACACAUACGUACAUGAAGUGGGUAAAGGGCCACCUGAAGCCAUUGACGCACAUCAUAUUGUGGUGAGAAGGAGUAGAGAAAAGGGUUCCAAUUUAUGCCUCUUUACUCUUCUCCUUUUUGCUUAUCCAUCAUUUCUCUUCUUCCAAAAGGGAAAGCUAGAUACUCUUCAUAUUUGGAGCUUAGUUAUCAUGGCAUUGCUCAUUAGGUUAUUUCUAAAGAAGCCAGUUAAGAAAGAGUCUGUUCUAAUUCUGCCAGCUUUUGGAGUUCAACUUGAGACUCAGUAUGGAAGUGGGAAAACAGUUCGCCAGUUUGUUCCCAUUAGCAGGAUUUUGAAACCAGUGCUAACAGAAUGUGUCACACCAGUUACCUGUUAUUGGAGUCUAUCUUUGAUUAUUCGCGGGGAGGAAGAACUUAUGCUAGUUUUCAAGGAAUUGCGUCCACCAGUGAAAAUGUUGGCUCCCAUCUGGAAGGCUUUAUGUGCUGCCAUCGAAUGUGGAGAAUGCACAGAGGCGAUUACAUAGGUUGUACAAGUAUAAUCUCAACCCAUUCAAUUUUUUAGUAUAAUUUUUUCAGCACUUGUAUUCUUUACAUUUAAAGUUGUAAAUGGAUGACAUAGUUACCAUAUUGUCUUCACACAUGCUUCCGGCAAAAGGCUAAUCAUAUGAGCUGCUUACUGCAUUGGAACCACUUUUUAAAUUUUAGUUUCCUUUUCGAUUACCUUGUAAAUAAACCACGCGCAGAUACCAGAGCUCUACUUCCAGUUCUUUUUCAGAUCUAACAUGAGUGUGAUUUUAAAGGGAGA